AUGGAGGUUAUUAAUAGGGGUUUGAAACAGAUUUUAGAGAGAACUGUAGGAGUGAGUAGGAAGGACUGGGCAGAGAAGCUAGAUGAUGCCUUAUGGGCAUUUAGGAUGGCCUAUCGUACUUUAACUAGUUUUACACCAUAUAGGCUAAUUUUUGGGAAAGCAUGCUAUUUGCCUGUUGAACUUGAGCAUAAAACAUUGUGGGCUUUGAAAACUUGCAAUUUUGAUGUUGUUAAUAUAGGUACUAUGGCUGAGCGGCGUGAGAGACCCCGGAAGGUGGGUCUCUCCAAAAGAAGGCGUUCAUACCCGAUUGACCAACCUGCACCUACACUUGCACCACCUGCACCUGCACCUCGACCAAAGGGCCCCUAG